AUGUCAAAAGCACCAGGUCGCAGCCAUUACAAGGACAAGGCGCGCAUGAUCGUCAUUCUCUCGCGAGCACCGAUCGAACUUUUGCUUGUAAAUUACUGAAUUUUGCUUGGGGAUCCAGAUCCUUUGAAGCGAUGUCCGUGUACUGACUCGGGCUUGGCAUACCCUUCCCAGUUCUCCUUAGCCGCCGGAUUCAUCGCCAUCGUCGUCGUGGCGACGUUGAUGCACUUGGUGGUCACCUCCAAUACCCUAACGAUCGCGUACGGACCGUGGUGGAUCUUCGGGAGCGCCGCUUUCAUCGGACCCUGGAGUUAUCCCGCUCUCCUUCUGCUCAUCCUCAACGCCCUCACGUACCAAUCCUUCCGAGAGAUCGGUCCGACGCGCUGCAAAUGGCUCGGCUUUGGAAAUCAUGCGAGUGCGAAUACUGUCGAGACGGUCAUUGCGGCACCGACGACGAGCGAAUCGGACGAAUGGACCGUUGGACCGGAUUUGAACCAAAGAGGAAAAGCAAGAACCUACUGUUGCGCCUGGGAAAUUCAUAAGAACGAGGAGGAAACUCGGAGCAACGUUCGCUCGAAUUUUCGGAGCGGGGAAGAAGGAGCCCAAGCUGGAUCGCUCGAACGGGCCACGUCAACCAAGGGUGUUGGAGAUCGACCUGGUCAUUGACAGAGUGACAAAAGAAGAAAUCGAGGACCGGACCUUCGACGUCUGA